AUGGCUCAACGGGAAGAGGGGUGGCCACUGGGGCUGGAACCUCUGAAUGUGAGAGUUGGGUUGUUCAGAAAUGGUGAUAUUAAUGGCUCUUUUUCAUUCAACACUUUGCUCACUGCUUCACCAACUUCCUCCACUUUUUCUUCUUCUGAUCUUGAUACUGAGUCCACUGGUUCUUUCUUCCAUGAUAGGAGUAUCACUCUCGGGAGCCUUAUCGGUCUUUCAAGCAUUCUCGAGCGCUCACGUAGAUCAACAAGGGGACAACUCCCAGAGCCCACAAGGAAUAAAAAAAGUUACAAGUCCAAAAUUUGGUGUUUCUCCCUAUGCUCGAAUACCACUGAUGCUGUGAGCACGAACAAGAACAACGCCCCAUCUCUCGGUCACUUUCUUGAAGCGGAAAGGAGAGCUGCCAGCGAUUACAGAAGAAACGAGAGCCCGGGAGCUUAUGGACCCGACGAUUUCACUCAUAUUCUGUCUGGUUUGGACACAAAUUCAUUAUUCAUUGGAGACCAUGUUGCUCCUCCUCAGUCGAGUUCUUGGCUCGAUUCAGAGUCUGCAAGAAACUUCAAUGCAGAUUUAUUUCAGCAUGGGAGUCGUGAUAGAUCUCGACUGUAUUUUUCUUGUUUAUGUGGACAUCUUACUCAUUGA